UGUCCCACCUAUGUGUCUAGAUUUGAUCCAGAUUUCGUUUGCAACUCUUCUGACAAAAGAGGCCGCUACUCAUACCAAGCCCAGCCGUCUGUGUGCCGCUGGAACCUGGCUCGCCUGGCAGAGGCGCUGGGCUCUGAGCUGGAUGCAGCUGAAGCGGGGGCUGUCCUGGAUGAAUUCUCAACAGCAUAUGAAGCCUUCUACCUGGGUAUCAUGAGAAAAAAACUGGGCCUUGUGAGAAAAGAGGAGGCAGAAGACAGCGAGCUCGUAUCAGACCUGCUGCGCCUCAUGCACAACACUGGUGCAGAUUUCACCAACACCUUCCGUCUGCUGAGCCAUGUCCCCUGGCCUGAGGAGGGCGACAUUGAAGGGGCCACACUGGGACCAGUAGUGGACCUCAUCCUAGAGCAGUGUGCCUCUCUUGAGGAGCUUAAGGUGGCUAAUAAGCCAACUAUGGAGGACCGUGAAUUGGCGAUGAUUAUAUCCAUGGCACAAACCAACCCAGUCAUGUUUGGAAUGGUGGCAGACACACCAGCUGUGUCCCAGCAGCUGGAACGGAUGGGGCGGCUAAAGGAGCUGCUGGAGACAGAUCAGGAGGAGCUGAAAAAAAAGCAGUGUGAUGACUGGAUACACUGGGUUAGCAGAUACAGACGACGUUUAGCAAGGGAGUGCGACGCCCCAAGUGACUUGUCUCUCAUCAAAAAAGAGAGGCUCAGUGUGAUGAACAGCACCAACCCCCAGGUCGUCCUACGCAACUACAUCGCCCAGAAUGCAAUUCAGUCAGCAGAAAAGGGGGACUUCUCUGAGGUCAGGAGACUUAUUAAA